AUGGGCAGUCUUCCUCUUGAAAAGGUUGAACAAUCGUUCGAUGUCCUUAUCAUUGGUGCAGGUAUAUCGGGCAUCAACUCAGCGUAUCGUUUACAAAGUUCAUUUCCUCAAUAUCGAUAUGCCAUAUUAGAAGCACGAGACCGCAUCGGAGGCACGUGGGAUCUAUUUCGCUAUCCAGGGAUCCGAUCAGACUCUGAUCUUUAUACCUUUGGCUUUCCGUGGUAUCCAUGGAAUCGGUCGAAUCCAAUUGCAGAGGGCAAGGAUAUCCUCCAGUAUCUCAAUGAUGCUGCAACGGAGCACAAAAUCAAGCCUAAUAUUUACUUUAACCAUCACGUUCUCAAAGCCGAGUGGGAUCAGCAGCGAUGGAUGGUCAAUGUUGAAAGCAAUGGCAUAAAAUCUCAGUUCUCUGCGCGGUUUAUUAUUUUUGGAACGGGCUAUUACGACUAUCAUGAGCCGUUGGAUGCGGAAAUCCCAGGACUCCAAAACUUCCAGGGUGAUGUUAUUCAUCCCCAGUUCUGGCCCGAAAAAUUCGACUACACCGAUAAAAACAUUGUCAUUAUUGGCAGUGGGGCUACAGCGGUGACACUUCUCCCGAAGCUGUCAGAAAAGGCAGCCAAAGUGACAAUGUUACAGCGUAGCCCUAGCUAUGUCGUCUCAAUUCCCAACCCUGCUUCCCACAGCUGGCUAGGCCGACUACUACCAACGUCGUGGGUAUACCGCUUCAAUCGCAUACGAUACCUUCUCAUCGCGCGGUUCAUGUUUAUCAUUUGCCGACGGUACCCCGUUGCCUCUCGAGGCUUUCUGACAAAACUUAUGGCGUCCCAGCUCCCUGUUGGAAUUUCCGUGGAUCCUCAUUUCAAGCCCUCCUAUAGCCCAUGGGAGCAAAGACUCUGUCUCUGUCCCGAUGGAGACUUUUUCAAGUCCCUCAGGUCCGGGAAAGGCCAAAUUGAGACAGGAAUCAUUAAAACAGUGGAUGCUGACGGCAUCCAGCUUACCUCGGGCAAGAAACUAUCUACAGACACUAUCGUAACAGCAACUGGCCUGAAAAUGCAACUAGCGGGAAGAAUUGACAUAGUAGUGAAUGGAGAGCGAAUUGAUUUCUCUCAAAAGUACAUUUGGAAUGGGUUCAUGUUGCAGGACGUCCCCAAUGCCGGCUUCGUGAUUGGCUACACCAAUGCCUCAUGGACUCUUGGCGCCGAAGCGAGUAUAGCGAUGAUUUGCAGAAUACUCAAGCAAAUGGAGAGCAAGCACGCCUCCGUUGCGGUUCCUACACUGAAAGACCCGAGUAAGUUAGAAACGCGCUCGCUUAUGAACCUCAAGUCUACGUAUAUUGCGCGUGCACGGGAGCAUAUGCCGAAAGCAUCCUCUCAGCGACCGUGGGUACCGAAAGAAGAUUAUCUUUCUGAUAUGUAUUUUGCAAAGUAUGGGAACAUCACCGAAGGACUUAAACUUACCACAUGA